UGUAUCAUUUUUUUGUUUCAUGUUUUUUCACUUUCUUCUUCAUUUGAUUGAAAAUGAAUUUGAAUUCAUCUAAAUCCAUAAAUGAUAAUGUAAUGGCUACAGCUACCAAACCAUUUCGAUUCGAACCACCUGGUUCAUCCUCUAGUGAUGAUGAUUCUGAUUGUGAUGAUCGUAGACAUGUUGGUGCCAAAAUUCACGAUGAUAACGAUGAAAUUGUCAUCAAAAACGAUCAUUUGAAUCCAUCCCUGUCUCGACCAUCACCAAAGCUAACGAUUGUCGAUCAAUCGAAUACUAAGAAUAAAUUUAGUAUAUGGUCGGAAAUACUUAUGGAACAACAACUAACCGAUACAAUGAAUGAAACAUUGGAAAUAAAAGACCGACGUGCAGCAGCACGACGACGAAAACGAUUACGAUUACAGAAACGGAAAUGUCAACAACAACAACAACAGAAUGAAUCAAAUGAUCGUGAAAAUUAUUUUCAAUGGUCACAAAAAGAUUUUGAGCAAAAAUUUGCACCAAAAAUUUCAUCAUCGGAUGGAAAACCUAAACGUAUUCGUAAACCAGGAAUCGUUGGUGAAAUUGCCUAUAAACUUCGAGAAAAACGAACCGAUAUUAUCAAAAAUACUGUCGAUGUUUUGGGUGAAACACGUGCACGGCAAUUAAUGGCCGAAGUAUUAGAUAUUGAAGAUGUUGGUGGCCUUAUGAUUGAUGAUGGUAAUGAUCAACAACAACAACAACAGCAUCAACGUAGACGUUCACCAGGUGGAACAUUUUUCUAUCUAAUUAAAAAUGAUUCAACAAUCACUGAUGAACAACGAAAAUUAAUAUUCGGUAAUCGUGAAGUACGUGAACAUAAUCGCCGAAUAAAAAAAUUGAAAAAACAAAAAAAUCAAUCUCAACGAGGUAGCAAUGUAAUUAAAAAAUGCAAAAAGAAAAAAAAGAAUAAGAAACGUAAAAAAUGAUUGAUUGAUUUAUUUAUUGAUUGAUUAAAA